AUGGUAGUGCCAUAUGUAGACGCUCAUUGCCAUGUCACAACAAGCAUGAAGGCUGAUCAUAACGAAUUUUCCACUUUACCGGAGACACCGUCUGUGCAAUGUGUGAUGUCGAACAACAGCUACGAUUGGCAGCGGGUCAAGACUCUCCCACGGCAGGAUACCAAUACCAAAAUUGGGUUUGGUGUGCAUCCCUGGUACAGCCAUCUAUACUAUUUGGGAGAGAAAGAUAACAAGCCUGCCAAGGAACCGCACUACAAUUCUGUGCUUCAGGGUCCGAACGCUGAGGAACUGGGCCACAUCAUAAGCAGGCUACCAGAACCCAUCAAUCUGCAUGAGUACAUUCGCACAGAGUUUUCAGCCACGAACUGCGAUUGUAUCGGAGAAAUUGGCCUCGACAAGCUAUUUCGGUUGCCGGAGAACGGGUUUUACCAGGGCGAUGACCGGGCACCUCUAAGCCGCGUCAAAGUGAGCAUGAACCACCAGGCCCAAGUUUUCACGGAGAUGUGCAAUUUAGCCGCAGCGAACUCGCUGCCGGUCUCGAUCCACUGCGUCAAAUCCCCCAACCUCGUGUUCGAGCUUUCUAAACAGCACCUUCUGCCUCACCCCGGUGUGAACCUCUGUUUACACUCUUUUACAGGCUCUGUCGAGACGCUUACGGACAGCUGGCUCAAGACUUUCCCCAAAGAGCGCUUUUUUUUAAGCUUGUCAAGUUACAUUAACUUCAAAAACGACGACACGGCCGCCAAGCUGCUUCAAACGCUUCCAAAACACUGCAUUUUGACAGAGACGGAUUUCACUUGGGAUACAGCCGACGCAAAACACAUAAUACAUGAGCUGGACUUAAUCUUGUCACGCGUCGCAACGCAACACAAUCUCAAAUCUUCGGAUGAAGCCAAGAAGCUAGUUUGCGAUAACUUUCAGCGAUUCAUGCCUAAAAGCUUUCGCCUUUAA